UUUCCGUAUAUCCACAAAGGAAAUUGCUGCCUGCCACUUUUCAAUUUUGUUGUGGCUGCAGUUUCUUUGUUUGUCUCUCUCUCCUUCUCCUCCGCGCUAGGCCUAGUCUAAAUAUGAUGAUGAAUCACACUGGUGGUGGCAGCUGCGAUCUGUCUAUGGACGGGAUGUCAGAUAUGGACGGCGGGAGCAUGAUGGGAGGAAUGGGAAAGAUGUAUUUCCAUUUUGAUGCCUGCCAACGCCUUCUCUUUAGUUCUUGGAAGAUAACUAAUUCAAGAGAACUCAUUGGUGCUAUGGUAGCAGUAAUUUUAAUGGCUAUUCUCUACGAGGGGCUGAAGACCCUCAGGGAGUGGCUCAUUUAUCAUGAUCUAAAGAGAUCCAAAAAGAACAAAAAGAGAUCAGAUUCAACUAAUAAUGAGAAAGACGACAAAAUGGAGCUGUUGGAUCCAGAAAAGAAAUCAAACAGGGUAAAGUCCUUCUCUAUUAGUCUAAGCAUGCACAUCAUACAGUCCCUGCUUCAUGUGGUUCAAGUUGGCUAUGGAUACAUUUUAAUGUUCAUUGCUAUGACUUUUAAUGGAUGGCUAUUCCUCUCGGUUUGCUUUGGUGCUGGGAUUGGGUACUUCAUUUUUGGAAAGACCAAGCACAUCUUUGGAGUCAAUAAUAGGGACCAGAAUGAACACUGUCAUUGAAAUACAUGUGAUUAUGAGUAUUAUUAUUAUUAUUAUCAUUAUUAUUAUUAUCAUUAUUAUUAUUAUUAUUAUUAUCAUCAUUAUUAUUAUUAUUAUUAUUAUUAUUAUUAUUAUUAUUAUUAUUAUUGUGCUAGAGCUAUCAUGCUUCUGUAAAAAAGAUUCAAUUGUUUUUAAGGACAU